AGUUAAUUGUGCGGUGUGGAGUUUUUGGCAAACACGAAAAUUCAGUUCUCAUUUACUUUUAGGAGCAAACUAUGAAACUACAAUGUCGAAUAGAGGUAGUAAACCGAACACACAUGAGUUUAAAUAUUCGAUCUAACGGAAAAUACUUAAAUUCAACUUUGGCUCUGGGAAAAGAAACAAAGUCUGAAAAUGAAUAUUUUAUUUUACAUUUUUCCAAUGCCAACAAAUUGGGCACCAAGUAUAGGUUAAACUUUAUGAAACAAGUGUUUUCCAAGUAUUUAAAUGAAGGUAAAGUCACAAUUAGAUUUGAAGAACCUCCCCAUGACUUGUGUAUAAAAUGUGAGGCUAUACAGUUGAAAUGUUUCAUGAAAUUGUUAAAGCAAUGUGUCACUGGAGAAGCUAAAAACCUCCGCAUAUCGACGCUAGCUAAUAUAAGUGUUACCUCAAAAGAUAAUGCGCCUUCAAAGCUUGUUAUUAGGGAUCGAAGUGAAUUCCCAUCAAAAGGCUUACCUAGAACUUUGGAAACGCUUACUUUGGCUGGUUUGAAGCUGUGUAAUUUCAGAAGAGACAUAUUAUUGCUUAGCCAACUUUCUGUAUUAGAUCUCAGUAGUAAUGAGAUUGAAAAGAUGCCUCCUGAAUUUGGAAGAAUGCCGAAUUUGUCAGAACUUUACUUGGCCAAUAAUCAGCUGGGAUUGAAAGGCGAAGUCGAUUGGAGAUGGUUGUUGGGACCUCAGCUUCCAAACACUCUAAAACUACUAGAUCUGAGUUGUAAUGAGCUGAAGUACCUCCCUAAAUCGAUGUGGAAAUUACAAAGACUGGUUACAUUGAAAUUGGACAACAAUAAACUUAGCCAACUACCAGCUACUCUAGGAAGGGUGGCUACUUUGCGAUAUUUCACCGUCUCGCAAAAUGUGUUAACAUCACUACCAUGCAGCCUAAUGCAAUGCCAUUUGGAGCAACUCGAUAUCUCCUCAAACAAAUUCAUUUACGACACUUUUCCUAAUAAACAAAACAUACCGACAUUAAAGAACUUCUGCAUGGGAAGUUUAGUCAACAUUGCAUCAAAGGUCGUUUUAAAAUACAGAUUAUUUUAUGAUCGAAAGACAAUACCGUGGACUCUUGUCGAGUUUCUGGAUAAUGCUAACAUGUGCAUUUGUGGUACGCCAGUCGUGGAUACAGUUUUUGUAAAGAAAGAAUUUGACUUGAAAGACUAUUUCAGAAUUGUUGUUUGUGACGCACGCAGCAGCAGAGUUGAUUUUGAGUGUUACUUCUGCUCACCUGUUUGUCUUAGAAAACUAUGUCGUACUUAGAAUUUGUUAAGAAUU